AAAAUCACUCCUUCGCAAACACUCAACAAGCUCUUGUGCCAGUCACUCCUGCACUUCAAUAACCUCUCUCUCGUCGGACUCGACCACAAACGAAGCUCGACCGUCGAUUACUGCACCGUUCGCGACAGCGCGCACAUCGCAACCACAUAACACACACCGACCGCCAAACAUGGCAGAGGCUCAGGCGACUCCCACUUUCAAGCUCGUGCUUGUCGGUGACGGAGGUACUGGAAAGACCACAUUCGUCAAGCGCCAUUUGACCGGAGAGUUCGAAAAGAAGUACAUUGCAACACUUGGUGUCGAGGUCCACCCACUUGGCUUCACCACAAACCUGGGCCAGAUCCAGUUCGAUGUGUGGGACACCGCCGGUCAAGAGAAGUUCGGUGGUCUCCGUGAUGGAUACUACAUCAACGGUCAAUGCGGUAUCAUUAUGUUCGAUGUCACAUCUCGCAUUACCUACAAGAACGUGCCAAACUGGCACCGCGAUCUCGUCCGUGUUUGCGAAAACAUCCCGAUCGUUCUCACUGGAAACAAGGUCGAUGUGAAGGAGCGAAAGGUCAAGGCCAAGACUAUCACUUUCCACCGCAAGAAGAACCUCCAGUACUACGACAUCUCGGCCAAGUCCAACUACAACUUCGAGAAGCCAUUCCUGUGGCUCGCUCGCAAGCUCGUCGGCAACCAGUCUCUGGAAUUCGUCGCAGCACCAGCUCUCGCACCACCGGAGGUUUCGGUCGAUCCAGCCGCCAUGGAGCAGUACCAGAAGGAAAUGGCAGACGCGGCCAACAUGCCACUCCCAGACGAGGAGGACCCAGACUUGUAAAUACUGGGUACAAUCACAACUUACGAAGUCACGGCACGAUUAAGCAUCAGGUCAGGAUGGAGGUUGCACGUAAGCGGGACAGCGCACGCGCAAGACUGCCCGCAGCUGAGAUGGCAGCAAGGUCACACGGACCAGGCGACGGACAUGGCUUAGCGGUUGGUGUACUUUCUUCAUCCCUUGAGCAUUUCACGAUGGCAAUUUGCUACGGCAUGCCACUCCUCACGAACCUCUAGAGAGAGCGCGAGGACACUUGCAAAAAGCGAUGGCGUUCAACACAUGCUGAACUGCAUGAACUAGAUAGACGAACUAUACUGUAACGAAAAGCACGUUGAUGCAUUCGCAGGUCCCCCG